CAUUAUUUUUACCUACUGCCAGCAUUUGAUAUGCCUAGAACACCAGGAUGUCGGUCACCAGCUGUGCAAAGUUUGCUUGACCAUUUGACACCAAACUUGCUGUGUGGCAGCGUUGGAUUGCCACUUAGAUAUCUGGGAGCAAGAACAAAAGAAAUGAAUGUAAAUCAAUCUCCAGUUACUGUAAGACAUUGUUUGCGUGAGAAUACAGAUAUGAACAAGAGGAAUGUUGAUAGGACUACACUGAAGGCAAUGAAGAAAAAUCAUAAAGGAGAAACUCCGCUACAUGUUGCUUGUAUCAAAAAUGAUGUUGCCACUGUAAAAAACCUUCUUAAAAUUCCUGGUAUAAAUGUAAAUGCAACUGACAAUAUUGGAUGGACACCCCUACAUGAGGCCAGUAACCACGGCCACACAGAAUGUGUGCUGGAGCUUCUAAAGUUUAUACCAUCAAAGACAAUGGAUGUUUUCUUUACAAAAGGUAGCACAGAAUGUAGAAGGGUAGAUUUGUUAGCAGUAAAUGGUGAAGGAAUAACUCCACUUCACGAUGCUGUAUUGAACAAUCAACCUGAGGUCUGCCGUAUCUUGUUACAACACGGAGGCUCCAAGCUUCUAGAGGCUCGAACUUGCCUUGGCUACACACCAAUUGAUCUCGCUGAAACAGAUGAGAUGAUCAGUCUCUUGUCUUCCUUUUCUACAGUACGAAGAAAACAUAGUGAUAAUCUCUCAAUGUUAGGAUCUCAAGAAUCCAAUAGUUCUGUAGAGGACAAUACAUCAAUAGCACCAAGUGAUAUUCUAUAUCAGGAAGUAAUGUAUAAAGAUGGAGAACGUUUAUAUUAUGCCAACGUUAAGUCCACCACCUUUUACAUACACCUGGUGACAUUAUUCAUUCAAAAUUACAUCUCCCUAAGAAACUUACACAUGAUAUGUCAGUGCUUGAAAGAUAAGAAGUUAUUGCAGGAUAUUAGUGAACAAAAUGAUCAUUGUGAUACAAGCAGCCAGAAAGAGAAUCAUGACAGUGUUAGUUUUGAUGAUAGUCCAAGUUGCCAAAAUACCCAGAAACUUACAAGUUUAAAUGCACAAACAAUCAGUUCUGUGUAUCAUCAACUAGAGAAUAGCCACUUAGGUUUGUCAAGUAAAAGAACCCCAGCAAGGAGUAGACUAGCAGAGUAUCAUGUGGAUAAAGAGGAAGUUGAGUAUUUAAGAAAAGAUUUGAAAAUAAUAAGGAAAUUCCCCCAGUAUUUGAACUUGUUUAGAAAUCAUUUACUUAAGUUGUGUCGUUCGGAGGACUCGAAAAUGGUGAAAGAAGAGCUACAAGAGUUGUUAUAUAUCACUGAAGGUCUAUUUUAAUGAUAAGUAAGGAUAUCAGGGGUGUUUGUUGAAUUGUCCAGCAGUUGUAACAACUUGACCAGCAAGAUUUUACAUUUAAGUCAUUCACUCAACUUGAACCUGCCGAAUUUCUUUAAUGGAUUUGUCCAACUUCAAUUUUGGAACUGUCCAUUAUCAUUUUAAGGGAUAUCAAGAUGAAAAUAUAAAGUUGGUCAGCCAACAGUAUAGAGACUGGCCAGACUUCACUGAUGUGCAGGCUGGCCUGGCUUUAUUCUGGUGGCAAAGACACUUAGUUCCAGCAGUGGGAGGGUUAUCAAAUGUUAAAAGAACAAAAAAAACAUUAGCAAACACGUACUUCCUUUGUGUGUUCUAAAUUUUGCUUAAAUCCUGACAUUAAAAUGAUACAUUGAGGACAUUAAUUACUUUGACUAUAGAAUGUUAAACUUAGGACAUUUUCCUUUUUUGCUUUAAAGAAUGAUAUUGCAUCUGAAGCCUUUGAAGAAGUAUGUUUAUAUAUCUUAUGUGCCCAUUUGAUAAGUUGGGAAAAUUACACACCUCCCAAUAAUGAUACAAGAGUUGUACCUAAAAUUUAUAUUCAGUAAACUAAGUGCCCCUAAUCUGUAGUAUAGAUUGUGAUCAUGCCUGAUUAUAAAAAUGUAUGUCUGAAUAUAGACCUUUUUACACUAGGAUAUUUCCUGAGAUUUGGAAGUGCAAGUAUCAUUUCCACAUGCAUAUUCUGCAUAGGGCAAAAAGCUACAUGUAUAUUGAAAGUAUAAAUUUUAUCAGUAUAAUAUAGUAUAGUGCUUUGUAUACAAGAAUAUUUUUUUAGCAUACAUGCAUAUUUGAUAAAUAGGGAAAAUUUUCCCAAAUAAACUUAAAGGAUGAAAUUUUAUUAUUUGUGAGGAUUAACUAAAAGUUUAGAAGGAAGUAUUUUGAUAAUAAAAGAUGCACUAGAUAUCAGUAAUUAAUUUGAACCUUCUAAAUUUAUGGGCCAUAUUAAAAUGAAAGACACUCAUGCAUUCGAUUAUGACAUAAAAACAAGCAAAAAAAAAAUUAAACCAUCAAUAUUGUUAGUUUACACUUUUGAUAUUGAAGCCUCCAUGACUACAAGUUGACCUAAAUGUGGCAUUAUAUAGAGCUUUUGAACAAUUGUUUUCACACCUUUAUGGGCAUUUCAAAAAAAUAAUUAACAAUGUCUCUGUUAUGUAGAAUUUCUUGUGUAAACCCUGAAUAAAAUCAUCCAGGACAAAGAUAAAUUGGGCAGGGUAUAAAGAUAAAUUAGGGCUGGGUAUAAAGAUAAGUUGGGGCAUUGACUUCUUGCUUCCAUGGACAUUAUCAACCCUUUAUAUUUUGGUGUUUAACAUACUUGAAACAGUUAUUGAUGUUUUGUUGGUUACAAAGAGCAGGACCCAACAUAUCUUUAUACCUUGCUCAACUGAUCUUUAUACUCUGUCCAACUUUUCUUUACAUACACUGCCCAACUUGCCUUUAUACACUGCCCAACUUAUCUUUAUACCCUUCUCAACUUAUUUUUAUACCCUGCCCAACUUAUCUUUAUACCCUGCCCAACUUAUCUUUAUACACUGCACAACUUAUCUUUAUACCCUUCUCAACUUAUUUUUAUACACUGCCCAACUUAUCUUUAUACCCUGCCCAACUUAUCUUUAUACCCUGUCCAACUUUUCUUUAUACACUGUCCAACUUAUCUUUAUACCCUGUCCAACUUAUCUUUAUACCUUUGAAAGCAUGUAUAGUACAUGUAUUCUUAAAUAAGCUUUGUGAGGCUUAAACAACAUAUGUUUAUAAUAAAUGUGAUUCUUUUAUUUCACCUGUAUUUACCUGUUACCUUGACAUGAUAUUAAGUACAAAUGUAACUUUAUUAUAAUUGCAGGUAACCAUAACUGAUUUUUUUAUUUUCGAUAAAUUAUAAUUGAGUAAAUUAUUUAUGAACUGAGAAAAUUCCAUUUCUAACUGGCUUGCAUUUUACUGUCAACAUUUUUCUAUUUAAAAGACCUUGUUGUUAAUCAUUGGAAAUAAUUAUUCAAUAGUCUAGCAUGAUGUUGGCCUGGCAGCUCUUGUUUAUUUUGGUAUCUUAUUUUGAUAUGUCAUAUAAUUUUAUGAUAAAAAAAUAAUUAUUUUUAGAAGGGUAAACUUUUAAAUUCCAAUAUUUUGCAUGUACAAGUAUUGUUAUAUUGAUACCUGUAAAAUAUAAGAACCAUUCACAGUAUUAAUCCAUGUAUGUUUUGUUUUAUUUAUAUCUUUUUAUGUAAUCUUUUCCUAGACAUAGUAGUAUACUUUAUUGUAGCUUAUAAUGAUUUGCCAGUCAGUAAACUGUGUGAAUUUUUAAUGUUGCGCCCAUAACAUGAGCCGCAUCACGACAUAACCAACAUAGUGCGUUUGCGAACAGCAUGGAUCCAGACCAGCCUGCACAUCCGCGCAGUCUGAUCAGGAUCCAUGCUGUUUGCUUACCAACCCUAUUACAAGUAGGGAAACUGAUAGCGAACAGCAUGGGUCCUGAUCAGACCGCGCGGAUGCGCAGGCUGGUCUGGAUCCAUGCUGGUCACAAACGCAUUACGUUGGUUUUGUCAUGGAGCGGCUCACAUGUUGAAUUUGUUUUAAUAGACUUGUCCAGCUUUCUGUUUUGGGAAGUGUCCAUUAUAAUAGAUGUUAUCUGGAACUUGCACAUGUGGGUUUUUCCAGUACAAACAA